GGGCGGGGCGGGGCCGAGGCGGAAGCGCCCGCGGAGGGCACUGCUGCCAGCUGUCCCGACCCGCCCCUCCUCCGCCGGGUACUGCCUUCGUCCAGCCGCGCCAGAUCCCGCGGGUCAGUGUCAUGUGACUUCUGUCUCUGACCACGAGCCUGAGCCUGCGACCUCUGGUGAAGAGGGUCAGGUCGCCUGAGAAUCAGGUGUCCUGGUCCCCGAGGGUCUCCAGGGAGUUAUAUCCCAGGGUCUCUUGUGAUAGGCCCAUCUGUGCUGUGUGCCAUGGUGGUACUGUGGGCCCUCGCUCUGGCCUUCGCCAUAGGCCUGGCCACUGCCGGCCCACCUAACAUCAUGCUGAUCUUUGCUGAUGACCUGGGAUAUGGGGACCUGGGCUCCUACGGGCAUCCUAGCUCCACCACCCCCAACCUGGACCAGCUGGCCGCGGGGGGGCUGCGCUUCACCGACUUCUAUGUGCCCGUAUCUCUAUGCACACCCUCCCGGGCUGCCCUCCUGACCGGCCGACUCCCAGUUCGGAUGGGCCUGUACCCUGGAGUUCUGGAGCCCAGCUCCCGAGGGGGUCUGCCCCUGGAGGAGGUGACCCUGGCUGAGGUCCUGGCUGCCCGGGGCUACCUCACAGGGAUAGCUGGCAAGUGGCACCUUGGGGUGGGGCCUGAGGGGGCCUUUCUGCCCCCCCACCAGGGCUUCCAUCGAUUCCUGGGCAUCCCAUACUCCCAUGAUCAGGGCCCUUGCCAGAACCUGACCUGCUUUCCGCCAUCCACCCCCUGUGAUGGCAGCUGUGACCAGGGCCUGGUCCCUAUCCCGCUGUUGGCCAACCUGUCCGUAGAGGCACAGCCCCCCUGGCUGCCUGGACUUGAGGCCCGCUAUGUGGCUUUCGCCCGUGACCUCAUGGCUGAUGCCCAGCGCCAGGGCCGGCCAUUUUUCCUGUACUACGCCUCUCACCACACCCACUACCCCCAGUUCAGCGGGCAGAGCUUCUCGGGGCGCUCAGGCCGAGGGCCGUUCGGGGACUCCCUGAUGGAACUGGAUGCAGCGGUGGGGGCUCUGAUGACAGCGGUGGGAGACCUGGGGCUGCUCGGAGAGACACUGGUCAUCUUCACUGCAGACAAUGGGCCUGAGACCAUGAGAAUGUCCCAUGGCGGCUGCUCUGGCCUUCUUCGCUGCGGGAAGGGGACCACCUUUGAGGGGGGUGUCCGAGAGCCUGCCUUGGCCUUCUGGCCAGGCCACAUCGCUCCCGGUGUGACCCAUGAGCUGGCCAGCUCCUUGGACCUGCUACCAACCCUGGCAGCCCUGACCGGGGCCCCUCUGCCCAACGUCACCUUGGACGGUGUUGACCUCAGCCCCCUGCUGCUGGGUACAGGCAAGAGCCCCCGGCAGUCUCUCUUCUUCUACUCGGCCUACCCAGACGAGGUCCACGGGGUCUUUGCUGUGCGGAGUGGGAAGUACAAAGCGCACUUCUUCACCCAGGGCUCUGCCCACAGUGACACCACUGCGGACCCUGCCUGCCACGCCUCUAGUCCUCUGACUGCCCACGAGCCCCCGCUGCUCUUCGACCUGUCUGAGGACCCUGGUGAGAACUACAACCUUCUGGGAGGCGUGGCUGAGGUCACGCCCGAGGCGCUGCAGGCACUAAAGCAGCUUCAGCUGCUUAAGGCCCAGUUUGAUGCUGCCUUGACCUUCAGCCCCAGCCAGAUGGCCCGGGGCGAGGACCCUGCCCUGCAGAUCUGCUGUCAGCCCAGCUGCACCCCCCGGCCAUCCUGCUGCCACUGCCCAGAGCCCCAGCCCUGACAGCACUGGUGCAGGCCAGCCGGGGGCCCUCGCCUGACCCGGGCACGUGAUGGUUCACUGCUGUGGUGCGGGUGUGUGGAGGCAGUUUGUACCUGAUAAUGCUAAUAACACCAGCUGGUACUUA